CGUGGUAGACGUGGUUCGCUCUCGCUUCGACUCGGCGUAUUAACCUUAUACAAUUUUUACUAUCUCAACCACUAAUUCCGUACCACAUCUUUAACUUCUUUCUUCGUGAUAAUUAUUUUUUAAGAUUAUUAUCGCGAUAAGAUAACAUUAUUCUAUACGCAACAAUCAAUUAAAAACUGUCCUAUUAAUUAACUUUCGCGUUUAAUGAUUCGAAUAUUUUCGCGACUAUGUAUUCUGUAUUUUAACUUUAGAUAUAUAUUCACAUAUUUGCACAAUACAAUAUUCAAAUAUUUUAAAUGUCGUAAAGCGCAAUUGCGCAUAAUAUUUAUCGAGUAAAAAAAAUAUAGAAAACGUAUUGUGCUGAAACCUAUCAUAGUUGUAAUGAUACUAGCGCGUAAAAAGUAAUUACUUACUAAUCCUUUCGAUUCUUUUCCUUUUCUUUCGUCGUUUCUGUUGGUGUCGAACGUAUCCGUGUAAUCAUAUUCGAGAUUUAUCUUUGUCCUAAUGACAAAGUACGCGUCGGGUGUGUCGUAUAAAAUAACGCGCGAUAAUAAUAAUCGGAUUUUCGCGAGUGAAUCGUCCUAUGCUGAGAGGAGGAGGAGGCUCAGGACGAGCAUCGGGCAUCGGCGGAGCAACUUUAAGAUCAACUUUGCAGAUCAGCAGAACAACUCCGCUGCAGCGCAUCGUAUCGAUGAACCAAUCGCGAUCAUCGACGACAACGAUCGAUGGAAUUGGCGCGUAUCGUUAAAGGCAAGUGGACCACCAAGACCGGUGGGGCAAGUAUCACGGUGUCAAUUAAUGAGCCCCCUGCCCGAGACCGCAGGAUUCUCGGACGUUAUGUGGAACGGUCUCCAAAGAGUCCCGCGGAGGAGCAAAAGGAAAAAUUCUCCAGGCUCCUAUGGUUUUGUCGCGCGAUUCCUGGUAAGACUCGUCUACGUGAACAGAGGUAUAUCGGAUAAGGAAUGCAGUAUCCACGACAGCCGGAAAAGGUAGUGCGGAACGGAAGGAGAAGAACCACUGGCCAGAACACAUGUAUACCACCGUAUAUGGGAACGUAUUGUGAGCGCAAUCGCGUGCCACGUGAACG